CGCGCAGUGGUUCGUCCAUGCCAAUGAUAAAGAAAAUCCUGUGACGCAUUUGAUUAUAACCGUUUGAGCUCCCAGCUGGAAGAGGUGUACGUUUUUGUCCGUCUGUUUGAUAUCAUUUGCAAGACAAGAUGCUCGCCACCGCUGUGUUUUUCAUGCUGACCAGCUACGUUCUGGCUCAAGAUUAUUGCCAGAACCUGAGCUCGAACUGCGGUGCGAGUCCCGGAUGGCCCUUCCAGUCCAUGUGCGACACAGUUGAUUACGUCAGACCCAACUGCCCCGAGUUCUGCGGCGACUGUAGCUGUGCUCAAGACCCCCGUGGACCAUGCCAAAACGGCGGCACCAGGGGAGGUAACCCCGCCAACUGGGGACUGAACACCUGCGACUGCAACUGCGUGGGAAACUGGGCUGGAGAAUUCUGCGAAGUCUGUACAGUCACGUGCGCUAAUGGAGGCCAGGUGGACCCGGCUACCUGUACCUGCAUCUGCCCUACUGGGUACUAUGGUGACGACUGCUCAGAGACCUGUAAGAAUACGGACCCUAAGUGCGGCGCCAGCCCAGGAUGGCCGCUGACUGACAUGUGCACCACCGACUAUGUGUUAGAGGCCUGUCAGGAGUUCUGUGGCGUAUGCAGUUGUGCUGAUGACCCAAGGGGAGCAUGCCUAAACGGCGGCACCAGGGGAGGGAACCCCGCCAACUGGGGUGACGACACCUGCAACUGUAACUGCCCUGGAUACUGGGUCGGAGACUUCUGUGAAACCUGCAGCCUGCACUGUUUCAAUGGCGGACAGCUGGAUGCUAACACCUGCACCUGCACCUGCCCAGCUGGCUGGGAUGGAGAAGACUGCUCGGACGUGUGUCAGGACAGCAACAUCAACUGCGGAGCCAACCCAGGAUGGCCGUCCACCGACAUGUGCAGUAUCGACUACGUUGCAGACAGCUGCCAUGCUUUCUGCAGCAUCUGCACCCCCGCCAAUGUUGUGAUCGGCGACUGCACUGACGCCGACAGCGGACUGCCCUACACCGUGGGACAGAUGUGGGCCAAGCACGACCCCAUCCGCCAGGUCACCAUGAUCUGCACCUGCAUGGCGGCGGAUCAGUACACCUGUGUUGACGCCUAGAAGGUCAAAGGUCAACACCAAAUCCAAGAUGGCCGCCAGGAUUCCUUAGCAACGAAGCCGAAAGCAAAUCGACGUUUAUCCUUCGCAUUAAGUUUGAAGGAGAAUAAAAUAGUGCUUGCAUAUAUCA